AUGUUCCAGUCGAAGCGGAGUCCUCAACCACUCGCCAAGGCGUUCCCACAACGGAAUAUGUCGACGACGUCGAGUACUUCGAGCAAUUCCCCACGCCAUCGCUCUCUCGAAACCCCUAUCGUCCUCCAACCAGCCACCCGCUUUGCGUUAGCCAACCUCGCCACUACAGUACUCCGUUUAGAUUUCUGGGAUGACAAUGACCCGAAUUCUAUAUUCUUCUGCAAGUCUACCUUCAACAUUGUCACUCAAUGUCUUGAUCUACCGGAUAAAGUGGUGAAAACAAUGAAGACUCACUUGGAGGGGGAAGAGGAGUUGACGGAUAUUGCACCGAUGAUACUGUCAGUCAGGGAAGAUCCAAUUUAUAAGACAGAAGGAUCCACACCGUUCUUGGCUAGCUUAUUGAUCGCGUUUGUUACACAAGGUAACUACGACAGUCGUUACCGAGUACUCCUCCGCCACCUCACCACCCUCCUCGGUGUGGUAUGGACCGAGUUUGAGGAGGUCGAAGACUCCCUAGCGAACACUUUACUGGACGAGCAGUUUGUGGAGUCUGAACAAAGCCGUGUAGUCCGCGAGAAGACCGCCCGUAACAAGAAGAUCAAACGCUACCUGAUGAUCGGAGCAGCUGGUGGAGUUGGCGGAGUCCUUAUCGGGCUCACCGGAGGCCUCGCGGCUCCCCUCGUCGCAGCAUCAGCUGGAAUGCUCAUAGGUGGAGGGACCGCCGUCGCUGGCCUAGCAACUACCGCUGGAGCAGCAGUCCUAGGCACCACAAUGGGCGUGGCCGGUGCUGGAUUCACCGGAUACAAAAUGAAGAAACGAGUCGGGGCUAUCGAGGAGUUCACUGUGGAGACACUCUGUGAUGGUGUCAGUUUAAGUUGUACUUUGGUGGUUAGUGGAUGGAUUGAGAGUGAUACGAGUCCGGAACAAGCGUUCGUGCAUCAAUGGAGACAUUUGAGACAUACAAAGGAGCAGUACACGUUGAGGUGA